AUGAUCAAGAUCUCUAAUGAAGCCGAAGAGGAUCGCAUCACAGUCUCUGAGCUGGUCAUGCUGGUUAGCUGGAUGUUGGGUGGCAUGAGGGCGCAGACAUACGCAUUAUGGAAAGUCGUUCCCUGGUCUAAAUUUCAUAUUAUAUUUCCGGUCAAUAUGAUAUCAUUUAUAAUGCCCACUCAUGCUCGGGUUAUCCAAGGCUACUUUGACGACAAGCUUCGGAUUCAGUUCAGCGGGCUUUAUAACUUUAAUAUACUUAUACUAUUAUCAUGGAUAUGCUUCUCAAAUGGGGUGACCCUGUUCCUCAGAGGGAUACUCGCACAUUCCCCUCUAGCCCUGCAGGUUGAAGUUAUAUUGAAGGAUUCUGAGCUAGGCUUGAUCGAGUAAUUAAUGAUCCGACAUGUCUCUCUUCAACAGCUGUGGUUGGUUAUUCUUUUUUGUAUUAUCUCUUGGCAAUAUCACUUGGCCUAUUGUAGUUAGCUUGAACUCAUACCAGAUGAUAUACUAACUUG